UAUUGCAACCUAUUCUAUUCUUAAGCUAAAGCCAAAUAUAGAAGUUAGAUUUUCCACUGUCAUUUCUUUUACCAUUUUUCAAAUAAUACCAAAACAGCUUAAUACUUGUUGUUAUCCUAUUGGAUAUAUUUGUAAUUUGAGACUUAUAUUGAUCAAACUAAGGAAAAAAAAAAAGAAACAAGAGACAUCAUGGCACACACUUGUUGCCACAAAGAGAAGGUGAAAAGAGGACUAUGGUCACCAGAAGAAGAUGAAAAACUCAUCAAUUACAUCACAACUCAUGGACAAGGUUGUUGGAGCUCUGUUCCAAAACUGGCUGGUCUUCAAAGAUGUGGAAAGAGUUGCAGAUUAAGAUGGAUAAAUUAUCUAAGACCUGAUUUGAAACGUGGAAAUUUCUCUAAUGAAGAAGCUGCACUCAUUAUAGAACUCCACAGCAUUCUAGGCAAUAGGUGGGCUCAAAUUGCCAAACACUUACCAGGUAGAACAGACAACGAAGUGAAAAACUUUUGGAAUUCAUCGGUAAAGAAGAGAAUCCUUUCUCACAAUAUUAUUCCAUCUUUCAACACAUUUUCUAAUGUUCACAUCCCCUUCAAUCAUUAUCAAUAUCAUCAUCAAGAUCACCUAUACUUUCCAUCCUCAUCUCAAAAUUUACAAAGUAAUUUUCAUAUUCAAAAUCCAGUUCCAGAAAUAGCACAACCAAUAUUUAAUCCUCCUUGUUAUGAAGAUACAUGUUCAAUGGAUUGUGUACCUCUUCAUCUCAAUUCAAAUCAAGAAAAUCAAAUUUCUAAAAGUGAUACCACCUCACUAAAUAUUGUUGACAAAUUAAUCAACCCAACUACAUUAAUUCAACAAUAUGAUCAAUGUCAUGAUGAUGACUUGUUUGAACUUGAAUACAUUGUGCCUAAAAUGAGUGAUCAAAGUUUUGAGGAUUAUUAUGCUUGUAGCAACCCAAUUGAAUUAAUGCAACAAUAUGAUAAGUGUCAUGAUCAUCAUCACUUGGUUGAAUUUGAUCAACCAAUUGUGCCUAAAUUAUUCAAUGAUCAAAGCCAUGAGGAUUAUGCUUGUAGCUUCCAAGAAUCAUCUAAUUUUGAAGCUCAUGAAGCUACAAUAAAAAUUCAGGGCUACACAUCAAGUAGUAUUUAUUCACAAGAUCACACUUUGGAAGCUAAUCAAUUCGAUUACAAUUCCUGUUGA